AUGUUCAAGAAAAUUCUUCGCCCGAAAGACAAGAAAAAAGAAAGAGACUCAAAAGAGGAGAAAAAUUCAGUGGCUCUCUACUUGCUCCAGGAAAAGUUUGAAAGAGAUGAAAUCGACUUUGAGAAAAUGGUCCGGAUACCAAGCGGAAUUGACCCGCGAGAAUGGAUUGCGACCCAUACUUUAGGACUAUUCCACAAUAUUAACCAGCUUUACGAUGCGAUUUCCGAAGUUUGCACCCACUGUAGAAACAUGAAUGGCCCAGAAAAGCGACGUUUUACCUGGACCGACGACCGAGGGAAAGCGAUUAAGUAUUCUGCGCCGCAGCAUUGUGCCAUGGUUUUCAGUUAUUGUCAGGAUAAGCUUAGUGACACGACGCUCUUCCCGACUAAAUUUGGGUUGGACUUUCCAGAUGAUUUCAUUGACCAAGUUCAAGUGAUCAUCUUUCAUUUAUGGACUGUCAUUUGUCAUAUUUAUCAAAAUCACUGGACCGAUGUACAGAAUCUGAAGCUAAAGAAUCAGCUGAACCUCAUUUUCCUACACUUCUUCAACUUCGCAAAGGAACAUGCAGUCGUUCCACUAGAAGAGCUUCUUCUUCUCGAACCUCUUUUUAGAGUUCUUACUUGCCAAAACUGA